GUUCCGGGGCGGCGGGGUCGGGACGCGGCUGCUCCGCGGGAGCUGCGAUUCCUGCAGCAUUAUGUCAGGAGACAGCGACUGCACCAGGACAAGUCCGUCAGCAGGGUCUCCAUCAGACAGUGAGCUCCUGCCAGACCGGCCAAAGUAUGUGUGUACCCUGUCUCCUGAUCUUGUUACCAAAGCCCGGGAGGAGCUGCAGGAGAAGCCUGAGUGGAGGCUCCGUGACGUGCAGGCCCUCAGGGACAUGGUGUGCAAGGACUAUCCCUCCCUGGGCACCUGCCUGGACGAUGCUUUUUUGCUGAGGUUCCUCCGAGCCAGGAAGUUUGAUUACGAUCGAGCUCUUCAGCUCCUGGUGAACUACCACACCUGCAGGAGGACCUGGCCAGAGGUGUUCAGUAACCUGAAGCCAUCUGCAAUAAAGCCUGUCCUGGAGUCAGGCUUUGUCACUGUGCUGCCCCACCGGGACCCGCAGGGACGUCACGUCGUGUGCAUCCGCCCAGACAGGUGGACACCCAGUAAUUAUCCGAUUACUGAGAACAUUCGUGCCAUAUACUUAACCUUAGAAAAACUCAUUCAGUCCGAAGAGACCCAGGUGAAUGGAAUUGUAAUCCUGGCAGACUACAAAGGAGUCAGCUUAUCUAAGGCGUCUCAUUUUGGUCCUUUUGUAGCCAAAAAAGUGAUUGGAAUUCUUCAGGAUGGAUUCCCCAUUCGAAUAAAGGCUGUUAACAUAAUAAAUGAGCCUCGUAUAUUUAAAGGAAUAUUUGCAAUCAUCAAGCCUUUUCUGAAGGAAAAGAUUGCAAACAGGUUUUUUCUUCAUGGCUGUGAUCUGAAUUCCCUUCACCAAAACAUUCCUCCGGUGAUCCUUCCUGAGGAGUAUGGUGGUACUGCAGGCAAGCUGGACAUCUCUGCCUGGAACGAGCUGCUGCUGGCCUCUGAAGAGGAUUUCCUGCAUGAUUUCUCAGAGCUGGUGCUGCCCUGUGACAGCUCUCCCCACGACCUGCUAGUGAGUGGGGAUGCUGAUGAAAAGCAGUGUGAUGAUUCCCUGCGAGGGAUGAAACCUCAGCUCUAUUACUGUUACUGACAAACCACAGGAGGGAAGUUGUUUCCAGCACAGUUAAGAUCUGCUCUGCUAGGUGAUGUUGUGAACUCUGCCUUACUCCUAAACCUGCAGUUUGGGGACAGACUGCUGAGGCACUUUACACUGUAGAACCAAAGGAAGCUGGAGAGGGCACAAUGGGGGCAGGGCAGAGUUCGGGGAGGGUAAAAGCAAAGAGCACAAGUUUUCUAGAAGACUUGAGGCUCAUCAACCUCUGUGUGAAUGGUGCAAACUGGCCUCUUCUUUCUAAUGAUAAAGGGAAAAAAAUUAUUGCAGAUAGGUAAGCUUGACAGUCUCUUGUCCUCACCCCACACAGGUGAAAAGUGAGGAUGAUUUAUGAGCUUUGUGAUUAUCUGGUCUCUUCCCCUUCUGCAAACACCAGUAAUGAAAGACUGGUGAAAGAAAGAAAAUGGCUUUUGAACCCUGCAAAAUAUAAUUCUGUAGUGAAGAUUGCUUAAAACCAUAGAAGUCUAAUUUGGCCUGUCCUCUGUCAUGUGGUUCAGAUUGUGAGUUGGUGUUUCUGAAAUAUCUCAGUGAAUAUUUCUUUCAAAUUUAUACAGAACAAAAUUUACUCAUGAAUACUCAUGUAUGGAGAUCAUCUCUUAAACUUCUUCACAGUUGGAGGAAAUGUGACUGAUGGAUCAACUACCAUAACAUCUAUACCAAGGUUUAUAGAGCAGAUGCAAUCUUCAUUUUCAGAAAACAGCACCUUUUUCAGAUCAUUGAAUAAGGCUUUUGAUUGGACAACAGCCCCAAAUAAUGAGGUUCAGGACCAAAUAAAAGAAAGCUGUGUCAGCCACUUCCCCACAUUGACAGUUCUUUUCUGCUUGAGAUAGGAAUUGGGUAAGUACCUCAUACCCAGGAUGUGUGAGGAGGUUUUGUAGCAGUUGGCAUGUGAUGUAUAGAAGGCAAUACUUCAUGUAGGACAGCAAGGUGCUGCUUUAGCUUGUUACUUUGGGCUAAAUUUGAGUUUUAAGUCUGUGAAACCAAAUGCAUACAGGCUUUUUAAAAGCACAUUUUUAAAUUUCCUGAUAUUGUAGCAUUUUGUUCACUGUGCUUGUCAGCUCUUCUGUGAAAUGUUACAACUUGGUUUUUAACUUUGUUGACCUCUUUUGUCUUUGAUUGUCAUGUUCCUGUAUGGACUUAGACUUGAAUCAUCUCUGUGAUAUUUACCCAUAACUUGUAUGCCUGUGCUUCUAGGUCUUUGUCUAGAGACAGAACUAACAUUGAUGUCAAACCAGGUAAGAUACCUGUGUCUGAAUAAGCUGUUCCCACUCCCCAAGUUCAUUUUAUUUAAUGGUCUUGACUUAACUCUGAGCACACUCUUUGCACACAUUUUUCUGCACUAUAAUGGUGUGGACAUAGGAAACCUCACGAGGACGAGGAAAGCACAGUCUGUUACUUCAAAGUGAAAUAAUUCACUCUUUGG